AUGGUGUCUACUGAAAUGUGUGGCAUCCUUCUGAUGAUUGCCAGUGGCUUCUGUGUGACCAUUGACAUGGUGACUAGUCGAAUGAUUGAAGACUCAGGAUGGCCCUAUUGGUAUCUCGUCUCCGGAACCUGUUUUGUUGCCACUGCAGCCUGUCUCCUCUUCAUCUACGUGUCCAAAACUGCCUGGCCAGAAUUGAAGGAUAUGAAGUGGGUGAUUGCACGGUCCCUGUUGGAGUCUUUGCAUUGGCAUUCCACCAUUCUGGCUGUGAUCAUUGGGGCGGCACCCGGUGAUGUUGCCGCGCUCACCAGUGUGGACAUCAUCGCUGCGGCAUUUUUUGGGCUCAUUUUUCUGGGGGAGACCAUCAACUACCUGCAUUUCAUAGCUCUUUUCCUGUCUGCAGUGGGUGCCGUCUUCAUUUCGCAGCCGGAAUUCCUCUUUGGAUCAGAUGGCCAUGAAAACCAUCUUGGCUCAGUCCUGGCUUUGCUCAGUGGCUUUUUCCAAGCUGCGUCCUUCAUUUGUGCACGGAAGUCGCAACACAUUUCAGUGGCAGUUUUGACCUUCUUCAGUCUAUUCCUGGCGGUUUUCAUGUCCUUACUGCCACCUUUGCUUCCCAUGGUUCAUACCGCAAGUUGGCAGCCAACGGCGGCAGAACCACUGAAAGCAGUAGGUUUGCUACUGAUCCUCUUGCUGCUGAGCACCCUAUCCAUUGCUUUGCCAGCUGCGGGGGGGACCAAAUGUCCAGCUGCUGUGAGUGCGACUGUGAUUACUUCCUCUUGCAUGGUUUCAGGAUAUGUGUCUCAAGUGGCUUUCUUCCACGAAGUUCCGGACAUUUUGACCCUGAUGGGUGCAGCUUCCAUGCUGCUGAGUGUGGUUCUCAUGGCCUUGCCUUGCCGCGCAGUGAACGAAGUGAAGCAACUGCCGCAUCCAGAUACGGAGGAUGGAGAUGCCUCGGUGAGGAGCUUAGCAAGUAUGGAAUCCCUUGGUUCUUUUGUGGCUUCGGAAGUGUCUUUCCACACCGUUUCUUUGCGACGCCGUUUCUUUGAGAAACCCAGCGUGGCAGGCGUGGCGCCACGCGUGGCAGGCGUGGUUGCGGAGCAGAUUGGUGCUGCCCUACCAGUGACCAGCACCUGA